AUGGAUACCAGUAAUUCGUUCAUAGAACCAAAUCGCUCCAAUAUAACGGCAUCUAAUCAGUAUACAGAUGUCUCGGAAGCCUCGGCAGAGUCUAUCACAUUGGCUGAGGUUUCUAAACCUGAAAUUAUUAUGGCGCUUGAGUGUAAGGGCACCAAAGUGGGAUGUGCAGUUUACCGUAAGGAUUCCAAAUGGAUGUCUUGCUAUGUAGACAGCAAUAUCCAAGCCCGCGAUACCAUUGAGGAGUUCUCAGUUAUUUUCAAGCAGUGGAAAAAAACAAUCGAGCCCAGUACUCUUUUGGUAUCUACGUCGUUCCCCCUGGAACUGGAACCAGUUAUUAAUGAUAAGAAUGAUGUCACGGAGUAUAAAAUUGAUUACCGACCAGCGCACGAGUUCUCAGUAUUAACGGCCAUUAAAAACUUGUCAAAAGCUUUUACUCAAAAUUCAACGGUAUUUCAACCAGAUUAUGAGCAAGCAGUAGCCCAUUCCAAGUUUUGGGUGCGCCAAUUGAACCCAGAUUCUUCCGAUAUCGACCUAAAUCCAUUUAGCAGUUCAUUUUUUAAUGAUGAUAAUAAACUUAGCGCUGGAUGUAUAUCUUCCAUUUUUUCGUUUCUUGCAUUUGAAGGGGAUAUUGAUAUUGAAAAAUGCAUUAAACGGUUUACCAUUGAUUCAUUGGAGGACAAUAUGGUUAUCAGUACUGAAACCAUAACAGCGCUUCGUCUUUUUCAAGAUGCAAACCAUCCAAACCUUCAUUAUACGAAGCCUACACAAAUAACUUCUUCAACUUGCCUUUUUAAAAUCAUCAACCAAACAUGUAGUCAAUUAGGCGCAGAGUUAUUAAAAGAAUGGAUAUUUAAACCUUCAACUAAUUUGAAUGUUAUUAAGGCGCGUCAUGAUUUGAUUGAUAUAUUUUUGUUAUCUGAAAAUGAUGAUAUUCUUAAAGAAAUGCGUAAAUCUCUGAGGAAAAUCAAGAAUAUACCUCGCAUUGUUCGAGAUAUUGAACUUGUUUCGCUGUCAUUGAGUGAUUGGAGUGCUCUUGUCAGUUUCUUGACAGAGUACCGCGAACUUAUGGAUCUUGCGAGUAAGGUCCAACAACUAGAUGAAACCCCCUUAUUUGUGUCAAUAAACGAGGUAUUACCAAGAGGGCUGUUGCAGGAUCUUCUAAGUCAAAUUACUUCUGUAAUAAAUAUUGAGAAAUCUGAGCUCAUGGGACAGAUUGAAAUUCAGCCUGAGAUCAAUACAAAACUUGAUGAACUUAAAGAAAAUUAUGCAAAUUUAGAUACUAUUUUGGAGUCUAUUACACAAGAGCUUGAAGAAAAGUUACAAAUUUUUAACAUUUUUAGUGUGAGCUACAUUGCACAAAUUGGGUUUUUGAUUACAGUUGAUUUGAAACAUUUAGGAGCCAUCAAUAAUAUGAUAUCAAAGGAAAACAUUGAUAACUGGGAAGAGGUAUUUUCGACUUCUACUACUCAUUACUACAAAAGUCAAACUAUGCAGUACAUGAACCAGUCACUAGGAGAUAUAUAUGGUGUGAUUGCAGACAUGACUGUUGAAAUUACACAAAAGUUGCAAUCAGUUCUUUCAGAGUAUUGUCUUUAUAUUUACAAGGCUUGUACCACUAUAGCUCAAUUAGAUUGUCAUUUGGCUUUGGCCUGGGCAGCUCGUCAAAAUGGAUACAAACGACCCAUCAUGACUAGUGGUAGAGAUUUAGUGAUUAAGGACGGAUAUCAUCCGCUUUACGCUAAGUUAGUGGAUACUUUUAUUCCAAAUGGAAUUUCUUUGAAAUAUGAAGAAGAAGGAGAUGAAGAAGAAUUAGAAAAUAGCAGUAGCAAUAGCAAUAGCAAUAGCAAUAGCAAUAGCAAUCUUCUUUUAGUAACCGGAGCCAAUUUUUCUGGUAAAACUGUUUAUUUGACUCAAAAUGCAGUCAUUGUUAUCAUGGCUCAAAUUGGGAGUUUUGUUCCAGCAAGUGAGGCUACGAUUGGAAUAGUUGACCGCAUUUUGACACGAGUGAGUUCUCGAGAGUCAGUUUCUAAAAAUAAGAGUUCCUUUUUAAGCGACUUGGAGCAAAUGUCCUCAAUAUUCCGAAUUAUGACACCAAGCAGCUUUUUAAUUAUUGAUGAAUUUGGAAAAGGAACUGAUGUAAAAGGGAAAAAGGCCCCCAAAGUAUUAGCCUCAACACAUUUUCAUGAACUGCUUGAACAAAAUAUCAUAAAAGAGGGAAAUGGGCUAAAAACAUGUUACAUGGAGAUUUAUGUCGAUGAAAAUGCAGGAAACACGAAAAUAUCAUAUUUAUACGAGACUCAUCCUGGAAAGGCUAGUUCAAGCUUUGGAAUAUGUUGUGCAAAGAUAUGUGGAAUAGAUGCAGAUAUUAUAAGUUUGGCUGAAAAAAUUUAUCAAGAAAAGGUCAAAGGAGGGAACUUUGCAACAUUUUUUCUCAACUGUUCCCCAGAAGAAGAAUUGAGGUUAAAACAAGCAGGGCGUAUUGUACGAAAGUUUUUGGAAGAAGACUUAGAUAGAACUAAAAAUAUAUACGGGCUUUUAAGUACACUUCUUGCACCCAUGAAGAAUUGA